GGGAGCACCGCGGUCGCCACACUACAGUAGAGGAGUUCUUUUGAGGGGAACCGAACAGUCGACUCCUGUCAGGACCUUGAGGACGUGAAAUAACUUGAGCAGAAGAAUAACAACACAUCAAUAACCAUGCUGCUUCGUAAGGUGAGCCAGACCUCCGCCCUGUGCGGCUCCAUUCUCCGGAUCCCCCCCGGGCUGUCUGGAGGUCAUCGUCAGGCCAGGGCUGUGGCAGCUGUGCAAGGCUCCCGUCUCUACGCCAGCCAAGCUGCAGAGGCGGUGAUUGAGAAGACGGCAACAGUCGGAAGUGAUGCUGCCACUAAAGUUGAAAAGAAGACAGUUUCUCAUGAAUCCAAAUCAUUUGCUGUCAGCAUUUUCAAGGGGCAGAUCGCCACUGCCCAAGUGUUUCCCUACCCCUCAGCUCUCAAUGAGGAGCAGGAGCAGUUCCUCAGAGAGCUUGUGGGGCCCGUUUCCAAAUUUUUUGAGGAGGUGAAUGAUCCUGCCAAGAACGAUGCCUUGGAGAAGGUGGAGGAUCACACCAUGGAGGGCCUGAAGGAGAUGGGCGCCUUUGGCCUGCAGGUGCCAGCUGAGCUGAAUGGCCUCGGCCUCUCAAACACACAGUAUGGCCGGUUGGUUGAGAUCGUUGGCAGUCAUGACCUGGGUGUUGGCAUCACUCUAGGUGCCCACCAGUCUAUUGGCUUCAAGGGCAUUCUUCUUUUUGGGAAUCCAGCCCAGAAGGAGAAAUAUCUGCCUAAACUCGCCACAGGCGAGAAUAUAGCAGCCUUCUGUCUGACUGAACCAGCCAGUGGCUCUGACGCAGCGUCUAUCAAGACCACCGCUAUUCUGUCCCCCUGCGGACAAUAUUUCACCCUCAGUGGAAGCAAGAUCUGGAUCAGCAAUGGAGGCCUGGCUGAGAUCUUCACAGUGUUCGCAAAGACACCCAUGAAGGAUCCAAAAACUGGCGAGAUGAAGGACAAGAUCUCAGCCUUCAUCGUGGAGAGGAGCUUUGGAGGAGUGACACAUGGCCCCCCAGAGAAGAAGAUGGGCAUCAAGGCUUCCAACACGGCUGAGGUCUACUUCGAUAAUGUACGCGUGCCAGCUGACUGUUUGCUCGGUGAGGUCGGUGGCGGUUUCAAGGUCGCCAUGAACAUCCUGAACAACGGCCGCUUCGGCAUGGCCGCUGCCCUCUCCGGCACUAUGAAGGGUGUCAUCACCAAAGCUGUGGAUCACGCAGCCAACAGAACCCAGUUUGGGAGCAAGAUCCACAACUAUGGAGCCAUCCAGGAGAAAAUGGCACGCAUGGCGAUGCUGCAAUACGUGACUGAGUCGAUGGCCUACAUGAUCAGUGGCAAUAUGGACAGUGGAGCGUCUGAGUUCCAGAUUGAAGCUGCCAUCAGCAAGAUCUUUGCUUCUGAAGCAGCUUGGACUGUGACUGACGAGUGUAUUCAGGUUAUGGGCGGCAUGGGCUUCAUGAAGGAUUCUGGAGUGGAGCGAGUAAUGAGAGACCUGAGAAUUUUCCGGAUCUUUGAGGGAACCAAUGACAUCCUGAGGCUAUUUGUCGCCCUCAAUGGAUUCCAGAAUGCUGGGAACCAGCUGAAGAGUUUACAGAAGGCCCUGAAGAACCCGCUUGGCAAUGCUGGGUUUCUCGCAGGGGAAAUCUCCAAGAGAGCCAAAAGGAAGGCAGGUUUGGGCACAGGUUUGACUCUGCAGGGAACUGUGCACCCUGAGCUGACACAGAGUGGUGAACUGACAGUUAAAGCAAUUGAACAGUUCGGAGCCGUCAUUGAAGAGCUGCUUAUCAAACAUGGCAAGAAGAUCAUUGAUGAACAGUUUGUCCUGAAGAGAGUCGCCGACUGCGCCAUUGACCUUUACGCCAUGGUGGUGGUCCUGUCCAGGGCUUCACGCUCUCUGAGUCAGGGUCAAGCCUCAGCUCAGCACGAGAAGAUGCUGUGUGAGACCUGGUGUGUGGAGGCCCAUGAGAGGGUCAUGCGCGACAUCAAGACCCUGCAAUCCAGUGAGUCCAGACGACUCUUCAAGAACCUGCGGUCCAUCUCCGCUGCCAUGGUGGAGAACGGAGGAGUGGUGGCUCCUCACCCUCUGGGUUUCUAAACGCACAAUGCUCUGUUUAUUUUUUUACCCCUCAAAUCUCAGCAGGUACUUUGUCAGAUGUGCCAGAUUCUCUCACACUUGAUCAAAUUUAUAUUCAUCAUUGCUCCACUCAUCAUAUCUGUAUUUAUUUCAGGCUUUUAUCCAAAGCGCCUUUGGCCGAUUUACCUCUCAUUCUCACACACACCCACUCAUGUACAUAAGGCAAGAGCAUUUAGUCUUGCUCAAGGGUACUGACAUGUGGACUGCAAAGGUGGGGGUCAAACCUCAUGAUCCCAUCUGUACGAUUAAGCAUUAAUGAAGAUGCAUCUGCAACCUCAUAAUUUUUAUACAAGAGUCAUUGUUUUUGAACUUGAGUUUGGUUCAGCACACUGUAGCUGCUUUCAGACACUCACUGUGGGCUGGACAAUUAUCUGACGUUUCCCAGGGGGUUAUGUACAUGAGAAUGAGAAUGUUAAUGAGAAUUCAAAUGUCUCACUCAGUACGAAUAUUUUCUGGAACUUUUCGUGGCAGGCCCUUUGGAAAAUGUCCGGAAAAUAUCUUAACCAUGUGAGAAUGCAGCAGGAACAUUUCUUCAAAAGUCACAACGAGCAUCACGUUGAUGAUGUUUCGUGCAAAGGACGCAAAAUUGUAAGAAUACAAAUAUCUCAGGAUGAAAAAAGAGCUGUCAUGCACGUAAAAGAUGCUGACGAGGAUGUCAACCUGGAAAGACCACGAGAGCUUUUGGCGAUAAGGGCCAUAACAGAUGUCGAUGUGCUGUAAACAAAAACACUGCGCUUUUCUCAGCGGAAUUUACACAUCAUGUCCAGCCUCCUUCGUGCUCUUCCCAGGCACCACGCCUCGCCUGAACGUUCCUCAAGUUCUCUUGUUGCUGUGAACGUGUCUGACUCAGACAAUUUCCUGCUGCGUUCUUCAUAUGUGAAAGAUAUGUCUGUGUUAUCUGGAUCGUCAUCAGGUUGGAGCCCUAUCUUAACACCUGGUGCAAAGCGGUGCUCAGAGCGACUCAAAUUUCUUUGCUCGUUUCAGACCGACCAGUUGGUCAUUUAGUUUCCCCGUCCAGCUGCCAUGUUGUUUAAAUGGCAAAAACAACCAGUGUAUUGAGGCAGUGAUAUGCAAAGGUGCAAUUAACCAACAAAACCUUGUCUGAAGUCAGUGAUGCUGUACUUUUGUGUUACUGUAAUCUUAAGGACACAUGAUAGAAACAGAUAGAAUCAUGAUGGAGUAAAUUCACCGCAUAGCAGAAGCUGACUGUCAGAUUGCAUUUAAUCUGGUGAAAAAUGAAAUCAUGGUGUUAUGUUUGUUUGAUUACUAAACAACAAUGCAACUUUGAGAUUAGAAAGCUUUGAACUAAUCUGUUUUAAUUUAUACUCAACGGGGCUUUAAGGAUCAAACUUUGCCUUUUGACUUUGUACACUUGUUUGCAUUGUGUUGCAUUGUACAUACAGUAUAACAGAGUGGCGUUCAUGUACUUUAAUGGUCUUCUGCACGUGUAAGAAGCCUUUGCCUUUUGCUCCACAGAUGCUGUUUGAGGUUCCUGUUAUGACUUGAGGUUAGACACAUUCUUUACUUCCGUCACACAGUGUUUCAGAAGUACAAGUUUACUGUCUCUGCUGAAGGUGACCGGUAUCAUUAACUGUAAAUAGAUAUCUGUUGCAGCUCGAACUGUAUCUGUACAGGAUCCACAAAAGAUCUGCUCAGUGUUUGUAUUGUGACAAAGCUGCUGUUUGAUAUGAACACAUGCACCAGAUGAUUGAUGAGAGGGGUGGUGAUGUUUGUGCAGAUCUGCUUUGAGCUUUGUGACAUAACGACAUACUUCUAUUGGGAUUAAUAAAUAAAAUGGCCAUUAACCUGA